GUCAUUUGGGAACAGCUUUCACUUGCAGUGGGGUAACGGUGUGCCUGCGUGUGCACGAUGAGAAGCCGUCUGUGCGCACCAAUCCUAUUAACAGAUGUAUCUCGUGCAGUCAGUUAUUGUCUGAGAUCUCGAACUGUGAUUUCUCCUGUCACGAUUUUCGGUGUUCGGUGUUCGUCUCACAAUCCCGGACAAGGUGCUGACACCGCGCAUUGCAGAAAGUCCUCGCUGGAAUACGCACUCCAGGAGUGGAACUAAAGAAGAAAAAGGCAUUUUGUCUGUCAAUUUUUAUUGUCGGGUAAAGACGGCGGAGACGUCUUGUCGGGUAAAGACGGCGGAUUUUACCAGCGGGGUGUUGGAGCUGCAGCAGCCGUGUUUCAGAUCUCUUUGAGCGGGCUAACAGCUGCAACCAUGCCGGUGUUCCACACGAAGACCAUCGAGGGCAUCCUUGAGCCGGUGGCCCAGCAGAUCUCCCACCUGGUCAUCAUGCACGAGGACGGGGAGGUGGACGGGAAGGCCAUCCCGGAUCUGACCGUUCCGGUGGCCGCGGUACAGGCAGCGGUCAGUAACCUUGUCAGGGUGGGAAAGGAGACUGUUCAGACCACAGAGGACCAGGUGAUGAAGAGAGACAUGCCUCCCGCCUUCAUAAAGGUGGAGAAUGCGUGUUCUAAGCUCGUGCAGGCUGCUCAGAUGUUGAAGGCGGAUCCCUACUCGGUUCCUGCCAGAGACUUCCUCAUUGACGGUUCUAGAGGAAUCCUGUCUGGAACCUCAGACCUGCUGCUCACUUUCGACGAAGCUGAGGUGCGUAAGAUCAUUCGUGUGUGUAAGGGGAUCCUGGAGUAUUUGACUGUAGCUGAGGUGGUGGAGACCAUGGAGGACCUGAUCACCUACACCAAGAACCUAGGACCAGGUAUGACUAAGAUGUCUAAGAUGAUUGAGGAGCGACAGCAGGAGUUGACCCAUCAGGAACACAGACAGAUGCUAUUCAACUCCCUGAACACUGUCAAACAACUACUGCCUGUACUCAUAUCAGCCAUAAAGAUCUUUGUAGCGACUAAGAGCACACAUAGUGCUGGGGUGGAUGAGGCAGAGAGAAACAGAUGCUUUACGUUUGAGAAGAUGAGUGCUGAGAUUAGUGAGAUCAUCAGAGUCCUACAGCUUACCACCUGGGAUGAAGACACAUGGGCCAACAAGGACAUGGAGUGUAUGAAACGUUCUCUGGCUGUGAUAGAGGCUAAGAUGGCCCUGGCGAAAGCCUGGCUCAAAGACUCCCAUGGACAACCAGGCGAGCCCGGGGAUGUAGCGGUGCGUGUGAUAUUGGAUGAGGCAGGGAAGGUAGGAGAACUGUGUGCUGGAAAGGAACGCAGAGACGCACUGGGAACAGCAAAGACUCUGGGACAGAUGACCGACCAGGUCACAGAGCUACGUGUCAGAGGACAUGGUCCGUCUCCACCAUGUGUUCAGCGGGCCGGUCAGUGUUCUCAGGGUCUGGACCUGCUACUUGGGAAAGUGGACAGCGCCACCCGCAGGCUCGAGGCUUUAACUAAAGCUAAACUGGCAUUCGCUAGGAGACUGGAUGCUUCCCAGGCAUGGCUGGCAGAUCCUAAUGGGGGUCCAGAGGGUGCAGAAAACAUCAGAGCCUUGCUGGCCAAUGCCCAAAAAAUUGCUGACCUGUGCGAAGACCUCUUCGAGAGAGACGACAUCCAGAGAUCCAUCAAUGAGAUUGCGGGGCUCACCGCACGACUAGUGGAGCUACGCAAGCGGGGUAAAGGGGACAGUCCAGAGGCGCGUGCGCUAUGUAAACUCAUUGGAGCAGCUCUCCUGACCCUGCAGGCUAAGACCAACAGAGCGGUGGCCAACAUGAGACCUGCCAAACCAGCCAUCACUCUGCAAGGCAAGAUGGAGCAGGCCCUACGCUGGGUCAACAACCCUGGACAGGAUGACAGGGGUGUGGUGUGUGAGCGGCCACAGCACAACUCAGGUCAGGCAGCAAUCCGGGGCUUGGUAUCGGAGGGCCGCCGGUUGGCUGGAGGGCUGGGGGGGCCGUACCGGCAGGACAUGAUUGUCCGCUGCGAUCGCAAUGAGGCGCUGAUGACAUCACUGGCAGACAUAGCGGGGAGGGGAGAGGCCGAAGCCCCGCAGGCUAAAGCUACUGCUUCACAACUACAGGAAAGUCUGAAGGACUUGAAGGGUCGUAUGCAGGAAGUCAUGACCCAGGAAGUAUCCGAUGUGUUCAGUGACACCACCACCCCCAUUAAACUACUGGCCGUGUCUGCGACUGCCCCCCCAGAGGCCCCACACAGAGAGGAGGUGUUUGAUGAGCGUGCUGGUAACUUUGAGGCCCAUGCGGGUCGCCUGGGCGCAACAGCGGAGAAGGCGGCGGCCGUGGGAUCAGCCAAUAAGAACACAGUUGAGGGAAUACAGGCUACCGUUAAACACACCAGAGAACUCACUCCACAGGUGACCUCCGCAGCUCGUAUCCUGUUGAAGAAUCCAGGUAACCAGGCGGCCUACGAACACUUUGACACCAUGAAGAACCAGUGGAUCGACAAUGUAGAGAAACUCACUGGUCUGGUGGAUGAAGCCAUAGACACCAAGUCUCUGCUGGAUGCGUCUGAGGAGGCGAUAAAGAAGGACAUCGAUAAGUGUCGUGUCGCCAUAGCAAAUGUACAGCCGCAGAUGCUAGUUGCCGGGGCGACCAGCAUAGCUCGGCGAGCAAAUCGCGUACUACUGGUAGCGAAGAGAGAGGUGGAGAACUCAGAGGACCCAUGGUUCAGAGAAGCAGUGAAACGUGCAUCAGAUAUACUCAGCCACACUAUAUCACCUAUGGUUAUAGACGCUAAGGCUGUGGCCGGAAAUAUACAGUACCCAGGUACUUACACGCACGCACACAUAUAUGCCUUGCUUCUGCCACCAGAAUUUGACUGUAAUUCAUGCCCAUACCUCUCCCACUCAGCCCUUCAGAAGGCAUUUUUAGAUUCUUGCCUCAGAAUUCUGGCUGCUGUUGGGAAGGUCAGAGAAGCCUUCAGCCUCCCGGAACCAGACUUCCCCCCUCCACCCCCAGACCUAGACAAGCUACACGUGAGUGAUCAGGAGCAGCCCCCCCCUAAGCCCCCCCUACCAGAGGGAGAGGUGCCCCCUCCUCGCCCCCCACCUCCAGAGGAGAAAGAGAGAGACAAAGAUGAAGACUUUCCAGAGCAGAAGGCAGGAGAGCUGCUCAGUGAGCCCAUGAUGGUGGCUGCUAGGCAACUACACGACGAGGCACGCAAGUGGUCCAGCAAGCCUGAGGAAGAGGAGGGUGUAGAGGUAGAUGAUGAAGACGAGUUUACUGAUGGUGAGGAUGACUAUGAGCCAGAGCUGUUGAUGAUGCCGUCUAACGGCAAUGCCGUAAAUCAACCCAUCCUAGCCGCCGCACAAUCGCUUCAUCAGGAGGCGCGCAAGUGGUCCAGCAAGGGAAAUGACAUCAUUGCGGCAGCCAAGAGGAUGGCAUUGCUGAUGGCUGAGAUGUCCCGGUUGGUACGCGGCGGCAGCGGUAAUAAGCGGGCUAUGAUCCAGUGUGCUAAAGAUAUUGCCAAAGCCUCGGAUGAGGUCACCAGGCUGGCCAAAGAGGUGGCCAAGCAGUGUACUGACCGACGCAUCAGAACCAACCUGCUGCAGGUGUGUGAGCGUAUCCCCACCAUCAGUACUCAGCUGAAGAUCCUGUCAACAGUCAAAGCCACCAUGCUGGGACGAACCAACAUCAGCGAGGAGGAGUCUGAACAGGCUACAGAGAUGCUGGUCCAUAAUGCCCAGAACCUGAUGCAGUCAGUUAAGGAGACCGUGAGAGAGGCCGAGGCUGCUUCAAUCAAGAUCCGCACCGAUGCAGGCUUCACCCUGCGCUGGGUCCGCAAGACCCCCUGGUACCAGUAACAGACACGGGUGCCAACACACACACACACACACAAACAAACAGGUGUAGUUUUACGGCAUACUCUGUAUGUGUAGUUAGUAGAGUACACCUAACGACAUCCCUGUUGAAAUAAGUUUGAGUUGUUAGCUCCAAAGUUCAAUUUAUCCGUUACCAUGUUAUUAUGUAGGACAACAGCUUUAAUAUAUAUUUUUAGUAUGUUGGGUUUCAAGAGUUUUUUAGCAUGAAGAGUUUUUAUAUUUUCUAACCGUGGUGACUUCUUUUUUUACCUGUCCCAUUCUAAAUGAAUGUCACCGGCCCACUUCAACCACUGGUACACAAUGAGUGGGUCCUAAAUGGCAUCCUAUUCCCUAUAUAGCGCACUACUUUUGACUACAGCCCUAUGGGCCCUGAUCAAAAGUAGAGCACUACAUAGGGAUUAGCAUGUGACGUACAGUGACAGCUUUGUUUGUAUGAUGUAUGAUGUUAAUCUGAUAUGAAGUGAGCGAUAUGCUAUUUAUUGACUUCUGGAAGCUGCCAGGCUGGCGUGUUGGUUGGUGCUCAAGGGAUGCUUCCUGUGUUUUUACAGAAUUUUAUUUGACAUGUCACAAACACCACCAAAGACUUUGUUUUACACCACUGUAUAUGAACAUACACUAUACACUACCGUUGGAAAGUUUGGGGUCACUUAGAAAUGUCCUUAUUUUGAAAGAAAAGCUCAUUUUUGUCCAUUAAAAUAACAUGAAAUUGAUCAGAAAUACAGUGUAAACAUUGUUAAUGUUUUAAAUGACUAUUGUAGUUAAAAAAACAGCAGAUUUUUUAAUGGAAUAUCUACAUAGGCCCAUUAUCAGAAACCAUCACUCCUGUGUUCCAAUGGCACGUUGUUAGCUAAUCCAAGUUUAUCAUUUUAAAAAGGCUAAUUGAUCAUUAGAAAACCCCUUUGCAAUUAUGUAAGCACAGCUGAACUUUUGUGCUGAUUUAAAGAAGCAAUAAAAACUGGACUUCAUUAGACUAGUUGAGUAUCUGGAGCAUCAGCAUGUGUGGGUUUGAUUACAGGAUCAAAAUGGCUAAAAACAAAACUUUCUUCUGAAACUCGUCAGUCUUAUUGCUUAAGGCCAGACUUAAGGACAGUUUUAGUGCUUCCUUAAUCAGCACAAGUUUUCAGCUGUGCUAACAUAAUUGCAAAAGGGUUUUCUAAUAAUCAAUUAGCCUUUUUCAAAUUAUAAACUUGGAUUAGCUAACACAACGUGCCAUUGGAACACGGGAGUGAUGGUUGCUUAUAAUGGGUCUCUGUACGCCUAUGUAGAUAUUCCAUAAAAAAAUCUGCCGUUUCCAGCUACAAUAGUCAUUUACAACAUUAAGUGUCUACACUAUUUCUGAUCCAUUUGAUGUUAAAAAUAACAAUAAUGGCCAAUUUUUGCUUUUCUUUAAAAAACGAGGCCAUUUCUAAGUGACUCCAAACUUUUGAACAAUAGUGUAUAUAUAAAAGUAUGUGGACACCCUUUCCAAUUAGUGGGUUCGGUUAUUUCAGCCACAUCCAUUGCUGGCAGGUGUAUAAAAUCGAGCACACAAUCAUGCAAUCUCUGGUGACAAACAAUGGCAGUAGAAUGGCCUUACUGAAGAGAUUGGUGAUUUUAAACGUGGCACCGUCAUAGGAUGCCACCUUUCCAACAAGUCAGUUAAUCAAACUUCUGCCCUGCUAGAGCUGCCACGGUCAACAGUAAGUGCUGCUAUUGUGAAGUGGAAACGUCUACGAGCAACAAAGGCUCAAUGGUGAAGUGGUACAAACUCACAGAACGUUAACACAGAGUGCAGAAGCGCGUAAAGAUUGUCUGUCCUCGGUUGCAACACUUCCUACCGAGUUCUAAACUUCCUCUGGAAGCAUCGUCAGCACAAGAACUGUUCGUCGGGAGUUUCAUGAAAUGGGUCUCCAUGGCCGAGCAGCCGCACACAAGCCUAAGAUCACCAUGUGCAAUGCCAAGUGUCGGCUGGACUGGUGUAAAGCGUUCCGCCAUUGGACUCUGGAGCAGUGGAAACGCGUUCUCUGGAGUGAUGAAUCACGCUUCACUAUCUGGCAGUCUGAUGGCCAAAUCUGGGUUUGGUGUUUCCCAAGAAAAAGCUACAUGCCCCAAUGUAUAGUAUCAACUGUAAAGAUUGGUGGAGGAGGAAUAAUGGUCUGGGGAAGUUUUUCAAGGUUCAGGCUAGGCCCCUUAAUUCCAGUGAAGGGAAGUCUUAACGCUACAGUAUUCAAUGACAUUCUAGACGAUUCUGUGCUUUCAACUUUGUGGCAACAGUUUGAAGGCCCUUUCCUGUUUCAGCAUGACAAUGCUCCCAUGGACAAAGCGAGAAAUACAGAAAUGGUUUGUCGAGAUCGGUGUGGAAGAACUUGACCCCAUCGGACACCUUUGGGUUGAAUUGGAACGCCAACUGCGAGCCAGGCCUAAUCACCCAACAUCAGUGCCCGACCUCACUCAUGCUCUUGCGGCUGAAUGGAAGCAAAUCUCCGCAGCAAUGUUCCAACAUCUAGAGGAAAGCCUUCCCAGAAGAGUGGUGGCUGUUUUAGCAGCAAAGGGGGACCAACUCCAUAUUAAUGCCCAUGAUUUUGGAAUGAGAUGUUUGAUGAGCAGGUGUCCAUAUACUUUUGGUCAUGUAGUGUAUGAUAGGACUUUCUGACAACCUUAAAAGCACAAUUAAUGCAGAUGUAAAGAUCAGGUUAGAAAACACUGAAUGUACUCAAGUUUAUUAGAACCUUGUUUUCUGGAGUUCAAAAAGACAAUGAAAUAAGAUUGUUUUGCAGUGUGAUUGUGACGCUGAUUAGAUUAUUAUUUUCUUUGUGUUCCAUGUAACAGUUGAACUGUUAGUUUGGUACUUUUUUUUAAAGCCAAUCUUUACAGUUACACAUCCCGUCCACCUGCUCUAUCAGUGUGAGUGUGUUUGUCUGUGAUAUAUGUUUAUGUGUGUGUGUGUGUGCGCAUGCGAGUAUUGGUAUUAAGCUGUAAUGGUUAAGGCCGGUAAAGCACCACAGUACUGCUUAGGGUAAAGCAGCCUACUAGUUGGGUUUAAGGCUGUCAAUACUGUGGUUUAUGCUGAUACAGUCCAGGUGGCAGUUCUAAAAAUCUCGAAUUUUAUUUUUAGCCAGCUAACUUUCCAAAAUUGCUUGAAAUAACUUCAUGUUUUUGAGAAAUGUGACUGUUUAUUAAAGUUUGGUGACUGUUUAUUAAAGUUUGGUGGCUAACUUGAUAGUCCCGCUUUCUGGAAUACCCCACUUGUUAACAAACUUUAUUUAUGUUAUUAUGGUUACAUAUUGAGCAUGUAGUCACUGAGCCCCCUGUCCAUGUUUAGGUGCAGUGUUAAGGUGUGUGCACAGGGUUAGGGUGUGUAUUCUGUGAAUGUACGUAUAAAACACUGUCAGACAGCCUGCCAACAAAUACAUUGUGCCUUGGAAUAAUAAAGAAAACAUUAAAAUA